AUGCAGCAAAGUCGAGGCCGAAGACUGACGCCGCAGGACCACGAGGAGGACGAGCGCGUGGUCUACUGCGGUCUCGAAACAGACUCCCACAGCCGCAGUCUUCUGCUUUCCCGUGACGAUGCGUCCUCCCCCGUGCAGUCUCGUCACGCUGCGACUGCAGCAAAGACCAAAGCGGCUCGAGACGGUCAGUGCUGCCACCGGAUGUACCCUCGACACCAUCUUUCUCUGUUCGAUAUCGUGGAUGUAGAGGACAGUGAAGACGAAGCAGGAGCGGAAAAGUCAAAUCCCUUCGAGUCGCUUUUGCUGCAACAACAGACAACGAGACAAACUGAGGUAGCGGAGGUGCCUCCUGAGGCGGAAAUGAGCGUGAGCUGGAAUGAUGUGGGUACGGGGUACAUGGAAUCGAGCCGAAUAAAAGCGACUGGUGAUCAAUCAAAGAAAACGGAGGAGAACCGAGACAGUGGACGAAUGUCCAGCUUUAAAAAGAUCUCUAGUCACAGCUGCGAAAAUGAAGAGACUUCUUGUUUGAGGCCGAAAUCGAUGCAAGAGUCCGAGGAAUUCACAACCAGAUUCAGGUCGGCGGGCGAUAAGAAGAAGUUGGGUUUCGAGGCGGCAGAGUCAAGACCGGCAAGGUGGAGCUCGAGGAAACCAUCAGCUGUAGACACCAAGAACCGUCGGAAGUCACUGAGCGGAAUUCAGAGGCAACGCUUGCAGGUGGAAGCGAACGUUGCGAAGAGACGCAAGUCGAUGCCAGUGAAUUUGCUUGACCCUCAUGUAUCGCAUAAUCGAGCAAGCGAGGACGAAAAGUUUGUGAUGUUCAAGCAGACGCAACUGAACUAG